GUGAAGAAAUUAUAGUAAUUUAUCUUGAAAUACGUAAAUUUUAUAAACGUGUACUAGAAACUAACCACUAAGAAGAGAAAUUGUAGAAAUAAUUGCACUCUCGUAUACAAUUUAAUUUUAAAACCCAAUGAAUUUUUUAAGUAAAUUCGGCGAAAUAAAGUCCAGUAACAAAUCAGUUUUAACAAAAUAUUCAAUAAAACUAAUUAAUAAAUAUUAAUAAGAUUACAAAUAACCAAACUUGUUAAACAUUAGCAGAUGAUCAAACCACUUGUACAAUAGUGCGAAAAGUUCGCACAUUCUGUUGGUCUCAUUCGAUAAAUUAAUUGUAAACUACGUUACGUUAUAAAAUGACAUUAAUUUGAUUUUUGAGAAUAAAUAAAAAAAUAAUUUUAAAUAAUGUAUACGAUAUAUAUCUUUAUAAGUUUGUUAGUUAGUGUAUCAUCAUCAGCUCGUGGGAGCGAACUCGAUUACGAUGGCUGGUUGCAAUUGCGAUUAUGGCACGCAUUUAACGACGAGUCAGAACCCAUAUUUGUAGAACGAGGUAACGUUACAGUAUCAAGUGUUCGUAGUGGUGCCUCUGUUGUUGGACAAAAUGGAUUGUUACAGCCUCAUAUAAACCAGUUAAAAACUCUUGCCAAACAUGAUGGCAAGUACAGGCUCAAAGCAGUAGCUCGAACCUCUUUAGGAAAUGAAAUAACAUUUUUAACUUCUCUGCCUGCGUGUUAUCUUCUUGGUUCUGAUCUUGAAGAUGUUAUAACAAUUUGGCUUGAUAGUGCAGCUGAACCAAUAGCUGUUAGCAUAUCAUCACCUGGCCCUUGUAGCACAGAGAAUCCAUUCACAAAUAUGUGGACGACCAAUGUUGUUGUUAAAUACCCCGAUGGCGGGCCAGUUCCAGAUACUGCUACAUAUAUUCAAAAACUUGAACGUGAGAGAGAAGCAAGAGAAAGAGGAGAGGCGAAAGACAAUAGAUCUUUCCUUGCAAGAUAUUGGAUGUACAUUGUUCCUGCAUUGAUUUUUGUUGUUCUAUCAUCUGCAACAAAUCCAGAAGCUGGAGGAGCAGGAGGUAGUUCCCAAAGACAGUAACAUAGAGUGUAUGUGGUGCCUCCAAGAGUGCAUGUGUGAAAAUCGUUUAUUUAUAAACUUACAAAUGUACUUUCGUAAUUACAAUUGUAAAAAAUUUGAUUGUAUCUUUCUCUGAAUAAAUUCUAUGAUUUAAUUAAA